GCACAGAGGGGAGUGGAGAGAGCAAGGAGAGUUACGGAGGAUUCUGCAUAUCCCUCGCCAUAAUACUGGGAGUGAGUGUGGUUUACCUCUGCCACGCAAAUGAGUGCUGCUGCUGCGAUAGCUCCUCUAAGCAACGCUGGGAUGUUCAUCGUUUUUAAUUGCAUGGAUUUUUAGACAGUUAAUGACGCUACUGGUUUUUUAGGUUCUAAAGCCAUGGUAGCAAGUUUCUGGGUGUCGUUUUGUGUGGAAGCGCUUGGUUUUGCGGCUCAGGUUGAAAAUGCAUGUCUGGAUGUAGCUGAUUGGAGUAACAGUUGGUGAUCAGAGAGUGGGGGGAGGAGGAGAGACACUGAAAGUGGAUUUUCCGUGUGUCUCUCCAGCGGCCAUGUUAACCAAGAAACCCUGCGCUGCCGUCUACCCGACUGUCGCCGCAGGCAAAGGGGGUGAGGGCGUUUGCCAGUUGCAGUCUUCCCCCGGGAUCAGUGCAGGGGGUCUACGGACUGGAGCAGGGACCGACCCGCCGUCGUCCGUCGCGUUACCGCCUCUCCGGAACACCUGCACGCUCUCGGUCGGAGGCAAUAAGCACACAAUGAACGACCACCUGCACAUCAGUACCCACCAGCAGAUCCAUGUCCAGCAACUUUUUGAGGAAAACAGCAACAAGCGGACGGUUUUAACAGCCCAGCCCAACGGCCUCAGUCCGGUGGGCAAAGCCGGCUUGCUGUCAGUGCAGGACAGGCAGUUGGACAGUGCCCACCGCCGCCAGGGCAGCUCCAGCUCCCUCAAGUCCUCCGACGGGUCAGGGAGGACGAAAGCCUCGCCCAUGGCACCCGAACAGGCCAUGAAGCAAUACAUGCCCAAGCUGACAGUGUUCGAGCACCAUGAGAUCUUCAACUACCCCGAGAUCUACUUUUUGGGUCCAAACGCCAAGAAGAGGCCGGGUGUGAUCGGGGGUUCCAACAAUGGUGGCUACGACGAUGACCAGGGCUCCUACAUCCACGUGCCCCACGACCACCUCGCGUACCGCUACGAGGUGCUCAAGGUCAUUGGCAAGGGCAGCUUCGGCCAGGUGGUGAAGGCCUACGACCACAAGGCGCACCAGCACGUGGCCCUCAAGAUGGUGCGCAACGAGAAGCGCUUCCACAGACAGGCGGCGGAGGAGAUCCGCAUCCUGGAGCACCUGCGCAAGCAGGACAAGGACGGAUCCAUGAACGUCAUCCACAUGCUGGAGCACUUCACAUUCCGCAGCCACAUCUGCAUGACCUUCGAGCUGCUGAGCAUGAACCUGUACGAGCUCAUCAAGAAGAACAAGUUCCAGGGCUUCAGCCUGCCGCUGGUGCGCAAGUUCGCCCACUCUAUCCUGCAGUGCCUGGAUGCCCUGCACAAAAACAAAAUCAUCCACUGUGACUUGAAACCCGAGAACAUCCUGCUGAAGCAGCAGGGCAGGAGUGGGAUCAAGGUGAUCGACUUCGGCUCCAGCUGCUACGAGCACCAGCGGGUCUACACCUACAUACAGUCUCGCUUUUACCGGGCACCGGAAGUGAUCCUCGGCUCCAGGUACGGCAUGCCCAUCGACAUGUGGAGCCUGGGCUGUAUACUGGCAGAGCUGCUGACGGGUUACCCUCUCUUACCGGGAGAAGAUGAAGGGGACCAACUGGCAUGCAUGAUAGAACUGCUCGGUAUGCCAACACAGAAGCUUCUAGAUUCAUCCAAAAGAGCCAAAAAUUUUGUCAGCUCCAAGGGUUACCCCCGGUACUGCACUGUCACGAGCUUGCCGGAUGGCUCCACGGUUCUGAACGGUGGGCGCUCGCGCAGGGGGAAACUCAGGGGCCCGCCAGGGAGCAAGGAGUGUGUGACGGCUCUGAAGGGCUGCGACGACCCCCUGUUCCUGGACUUUCUGAAACAGUGUUUGGAAUGGGAUCCCUCUCUCCGCAUGACACCCAGCCAGGCCUUAAGACACCCUUGGCUGAGGAGACGCUUGCCAAAACCCCCGACCGGGGAGAAGAGCGCCACCAAGCGGGUCACGGAGAGCACUGGUGCUAUUACAUCCAUUUCCAAAUUACCUCCAACUUCAGGAUCCGCCUCCUCUAAGUUAAGGACUAAUUUGGCACAAAUCACCGAUGCCAAUGGGAAUAUCCAACAGAGGACAGUGUUGCCAAAGUUAGUCAGCUGAGAUGGAGUCAGAUCUGUCACAACGGGAAUCUAACUAUUAUUUUUUUUACCUUCUUUUUAUAUAUAUAUAUAAAUAUAUAUAUAUAUAUAUAUAUAUAUAUAAAGGAACGUUAGAAAAAAAAACACAAUGCAGGUGCAGGAUUGAAAAGUUAUGGGUUUGGAUAUUGCUUAAUCACUACAUGACUUUUUUUACAUUUUAAAAAAAUAUUUAUUGAAGAAGGGGGAAAAAAAUGACUGAGGAGAAUGCUCUAGGUUUUCUUUGUCUCAAGACUGAGUGCACUGUCGCAGGGUGUCAGCAUCCCACACAGUCCUGCCUAAUACUCUAUCAAGCCCACGUUUAGCUUUGGUAUCUUCUGUAACAUUUUAGUGUUCUACAGGCCGCCAUGGAGCUGUUCUACAAAUAUCUAGUGCUUUAAGUGAAAGAAGCCCGUGUUCCACCCCAGCUCAGGCCUACAGCUAGUUCCAAUCAGGGUUAAACACAGGGAUCAGCCGUGUCGUGUCCUCAGUGGCUUUUUAUAGUCGAGACUCGCAGAGACAGUUGCAGGUUACGACAGCUGGCAAAAAUAGAAACCGAGAUCAGGGGGAUUCAAAACAGAUAUACAGUGAAUGUGGGAAAAGGGAAGGCGAAAUGGAGAGAGAAAUAAAUGCAAAAAAUAUUUUUAAAAUAAAGUAUGUUUACAUGACAGAUUUUGUAUGUGCCUCCAAUGCUCUAAACAUUCCUGUUAAACAUAUAGAAGAAAGAAAGGGAGAGAGGAAACAGACAGCGAAUAAAAACGAGCAAGUCACAGAUCUAGUUGUAUCUGUAUCUGAAUGCCACGUUGUGUUAAUUGGUACAGGUGCAGUAUGGAAUUGUGUUAGUUGGCACAAUGACUCGCUAGCUGACUGUCUUUUGAAAUAGGUAAAAGAACAGAGCUAACCCGCUUUCCCCAGAGCGGCAUUUUGUAUAAGCAUAAACCCUUUGGUGCUUUACCUUUUUUUGUAAGGUAUUUUUAAAUUUCAUUUUUUAAAACAUAACUUGAAGUGCAGGGUACACACAACAAGAGUAAACAGGAACAUUGAGAUUGGAUUGGCUUGGCUUGGCUGCUGUGCUUGAAUCACUAUAGCAAUAGCUGGAAACUGUCCAACACACACUGGAGAUCCACUGCAAGUCAGGAGCUAGUGGCUGGUUAAAGAGUUAGGGAGCUGGCAUGUUGAAGUAGGAAUUUGAAUGUUGUUUUGUUUCGAGAGGAUUUCUAGAGGGCCUCACAAAUAUAUUGUAUUCAACUAUAUGGAAUACUUUUGAAUGUUGUGAUUAAAUAACCGGGUGUGCCGGGUGAGAGAAGAUCGGUUAAGAAGAAAAAGCUAUAGAGUGUAGCAUUGUGAAAUAUCGUCACAAGUAGAUUGUAGCAUUUUAAAAAGAGCAAUAUGCAGAAGGUACUUCAGCGGGCUUGUAAAUAUUGGGCGGGAGAGCUGAAAUAAUUUAUAGCAUUAAAUAUCUUGUGAGGCCACAACUUGCUUCUAGUAACAUGCUUCAAAAUCAAAUGCAUUGUUAAUUUAGUUUAGAGAAACUGACACCCUUUUAUAGCCUCAAAAAAGGGCUUCAACCCCAGGAUUUCAGUCAGAUAAAGAAGAGAGUGCUGAGGAUUUGAAUGAUUCCUUCAUACGCUUUUAAACAGUCUCAGUACUGUAAUGAAAACAGUACACAAUAAUAUAUUGCUUCUGGAUAACAUCCAGGUCAUUUUUAAACAAGCAUUUGCACAUAUUAAGUGGAUAAAAGUCACAGUACCAUUUGUUGAAGAAGGACUAUUAGUUAUUUUUUUUUAUAAUUGUAUUUUAAUUACAAUUUGAAUGUGCCAGUGUCCAAUUUUAAAAAAAUUCUUCUGGAAACACUUUAUAAAGUCCUGAAUGUGUCUCGUCAUCCUAGCAACCAGCAGGACCCCCCCCCCCCCCCCCACUCCCGUAUCAUCUAUUAUUUAACAAGGGCUCUGGACAUGGAAGAGACUUGCAGUCAGACAGGUAGUGCCUCCGUGUUGCUAUUCAACACAGCACUCCAAAUGCCCUGUGUCGUUUUGGCAAGCAGACCAGCUUGGAUACCUUCAUCAACUGGGUGUUGAGAGUCACUUUGAAACCUAGCUAAAGAAUGACUAUUUUUUUUAAUGUUUAAACAAUAGUGGGUAUAAAUUGUGCCCUUAGUGUUUAAAACAACGUGCCUUUUGUUAUCAAUGCCAUGUUGUAGGUUUUAUUGUUUUUUUUUUACCAGCAGUUCAUCCCUUUAACCCAUUGAAUCAAUACUAGAGCAGGGAAGGCUCUUGCUGCAGAGCAGUUUCACCCAUUCUAGGUUUUACUACGAGCUUGACUAGCCACAGAGUAUAGGUAACACGCUUGGGUGUGUUUGGUUAGAUUCGUAUAAAACCAGGAGUGGAUUAAACGGCUAUGCAAUAGGAGUCUUUUUUUCCAUCCCCGUGGAGAGAAGCUUUUUUCAUGAGGUGAACUGAGCUGCUCUCCACCCAAGACUUCUCAUAUCUAGCCCAGAAAGCAGACCUUAAAAGCGAUGCCUGUUUUACUCAAAGAGGUGAAAGGAUUGCCUUGUCUGUGCAGUUUUUGUUUUGGUCUUAACAUCAAACUUUUAAAAAAACCUGGUUUUGUUAAAAUGCUAAAGGCAUGACAGAAGAUAGUACAAAAUAAAAAAUACACUACUUUCAACAACAACAACAACAAAAAUUACCUCAAAAAUGGUUGUGUGAUAAUGUAUUACAUGGAAACCCAGGGCGUUUGGUAUGUACAGCUCCAUUUAGAAAAGUAUUGUAAACUUUUGACUGUGUUGAGCCAUAUGACAAACUUCUUAAAUGAAACUGUUACAAAAUACAAUAAUAAAGUCAUGUAGCAUAAUUUUAACUGCAGUUCUUUGACGGUGUUGGACGUAUCCAGCACAUACCCUUUUGCCUCUGAUGUACAGUCCAUGGUUAGUUCUAUUGCCCUAUGUUGCACCAUGGUAGCAGCUUCUUCAUAGAAACAGCAGGGUGGUAAAGAUCAUAGUUUUGGAGGCUUGUACAUUUUGUUAUUUACUGUCAAAACUUAGUUGUGGUUCCGGGGCUCAGUUGCUGCCUAUGUAAUGUCAACGGCAGUGGCUUCAGUCUUUUUUUUCUUUUGUAAAUCGAGCACCAGAUUAGACACAUGUCUUUUAUUAUGCUGCAAGGAUGUGUACUGUACAGAUGUGACAGUUUAUUGUGGAUUGAAUGUUGAUGUGUACAUAUGUAUGUAAUAUUUUUUUUUCUUUUUGUGGGAUGCUGCUGUUGCCACUUGACAUUUUAAACAUGUUGUAGUGGAUUUUUAAUCCUAGUGGCCAGUUUUAUGAUACUGUAUGUAUUGUACAGCUGAUGACAGAAGUAUGAAUUUUUCUAGUGAUCAUUUGUUAAAUUUUACUGUUGUGGCCAGAAAAUUAUUUCAAAUAAAUAAUAUAAAAACAAA